GUGUCCUAGGCCCCACCCCAGAGCUGUGCACUUCCCUCCCUGACACAGGGUGCUGGACUCACUGCGCUGCCAGAGGCAGACAUGGUGCCCCUGCUGCUGCUGCCCCUGCUGUGGGGGGGGUCCCUGCAGCAGCAGCAUCCAGGCUAUGAGCUCCAAGUGCAGAAAUUGGUGACGGUGCAGGAGGGUCUGUGUGUCCACGUGCCCUGCUCCUUCUCCUACCCGUGGAGUUCGUGGUCUUCCUCUAGUGAACUCUACACCUACUGGUACCGACAGAGGGACAACAUAAAGUAUGCUGCUCCUGUGGCCUCGAGCAACCGGAAUAAAACAGUGAGGAGAGACACCCGAGGCCGAUUCCUCCUCACGGACCCCACGACCAACAACUGUUCCCUGAACAUCAGAGACGCCAGGAAGAGUGACUCAGGACGCUACUAUUUACGAAUGGAGAGAGAUCUUGUGGGAUAUAGUUACCUAGAGAAGAUGCUGGAUUUGCAGGUGACAGCCCUGACAGAGAAACCCCACAUCUGGAUAAGGGAGCCCCUGGAGUCCGGCCGCCCCACACAGCUGGCCUGCAGCCUGCCAGGGGCCUGCGAAGGGGGACGACCUCUUACCUUCUCCUCGGCGGGAGCCCCUGGAGACAUGCUGGGCCCCCAGACUACCCGCUCCUCGGUGCUCACCUUCACCCCGAGGCCCUGGAACCAUGGCACCAGCCUCACCUGUCAGGUGAAACUCCAAGGAUCUUUGGUGGCCACACAGAGAACCAUCCGGCUCAAUGUCUCCUAUGCCCCAGGGAACCUCACCAUAGGCGUCUCCUUCAGAAAGGACACAGCCUUUAAGAAUCUGCAAACCACUUCCCUUUCCAUCCUGGAGGGAGAGGCCCUGAGGCUGCUCUGUGUGGCUGACAGCAACCCCCCUGCCGAGCUGAGCUGGUUCCGGGGGUCCCCAGGCCUGAACGCCACCCCCCUCUCCAGCACCGCGAUCCUGGAGCUGCCUCGCGUGGGGCCUGCACAGGAAGGAGAGUUCACCUGCCAAGCUCGGCACCCGCUGGGCUCCCACAGCGUCUCUCUCAGCCUCACCGUGGUCUACCCCCCGCAGCUGCUGGGACCCUCCUGCUCCUGGGAGGACCAGGGUCUGCACUGCAGCUGCUCCUCCAGGGCCCAGCCUGCCCCCUCCCUGCGCUGGCGGCUGGGGGCGGGGCUGCUGGAGGGGAACCAUGGCAACGCGUCCCACGUGGUCAGCUCCAGCUCAGAGGGGCCCUGGACCAACAGCUCCCUGAGCCUCAAGGAGGGGCUCAGUCCUGACCUCAGACUCAGCUGCGAGGCCUGGAAUGUGCACGGGGCCCAGAGCGCCUCUGUCCUGCUGCUGCCAGGGAAGGCCGUGCCCCAGGCGGGAGCGGUUCCUGCGGCUCUCGGAGGUGCUGGUGCCAUGGCCCUGCUGUCCCUGUGCGUGUGUCUCAUCUUCUUUUGCAUAGUGAAAGCCCGCAGGAGGCAAGCAGCCGGGAGGCCAAAGGUCACGAAUGAUGAAGACCCUGUGAUGGGCACAGUCACCUGGGGGUCCCAGAAAAACCUCCCGCCGGACGCGCCCCCAGACCAAGCGCCACCUGCGGAGAAGGGCCCUCUGUCGGGGGAGCCGCAGGAGCUCUACUACGCCAACCUCACCUUUGAGGGGCUGAAGCCACGGGAGCCUCGGGACCAGGCGGCCACCAGCUCCCACGAGUACUCAGUGGUCAAGCGCGCACGCCAAUGAGGACUCCGUCAGAGCUGGGUGCUGGCCAGAGGAUUCACAGCCCCUGUGGGUGGGAGGUGGGGGCAGGGAAGUCCGGGACUCAUUGCUGAAGCGUGAGGAGACCUUGUGGCCCGAUUAACAUUAAGGCUGGAUGAGCAGCCCCAGGCAGAGCAGGAAGAAGACAGGCGAUGGGGUUGUGAGACGGGAUGGGCCGGCUCUCACGUCCACCUGCACCUGUGCUGCAGGUGAGCUGCUCCGUGACGCUGUCUCUCGCCUUCCCUCUUGCUCCAGAACAGCACUUCCUGGCUCCUGGCACAUGGUCUGAAGUCUGGGUUUUCUAAUAAAUCCUGUCUUCUCCUAGUUCUCUGGGUGGCUGUCUCCCGGAUCCCACCCCGUCUGAAGCGCAAUGACAAAUUAUUCAGACUACAGUGUAGACCCUGGGUGGGACUCUCCUCCUCCAGGCAUCGUUACUGUGGUCUGUAGCGGGUGGGUCACUACCAUCCCAUCAAGGACUGAGGGAUUUCACAACCCAGGUUCUGGCCUGAUUGCGUCGCAUCUAUUUUCAGUCCUAACCACAAGAUGGCGAUGUUUACGGGGCCUCUCCUCCUUGGAAGAUCUCGUUUCUGGCCCCAUGAGAUUCUUCCUCUUCUUCUUCCACAUUUUUAUUGAUUUCAGAGAGGAAGGGAGAGGGAGAGAGAGAGAUAGAAACAUCAAUCAUGAGAUAGAAUCAUUGAU